CGGUUAUAUGUGCUGUAGUAAAUGUUAUAUGUGAAUUAGCACGUAAAAAUCCAAAAAAUUAUUUAUCUCUCGCUCCGCAAUUAUUUAAGUUAUUAAAUGCAUCAACCAACAACUGGAUGCUUAUUAAAAUUAUUAAAUUGUUCGGUGCUCUGACACCACUUGAACCUCGCCUUGCUAAAAAACUUCUACCACCAAUUACACAUCAAAUACAAACGACAGCAGCAAUGUCCUUAUUAUAUGAAUGUAUACAUACCGUAAUCAUUGGUGGCAUGUUAAAUUCAAGUGGAAAUUCGGAUUCUCUUGCCGCCAU